AUGGUUGCGAAGCGGCACCUUCAGUUUUUGGUCCUCUUAGGGAUUGCUUUGCUGACAUCCGCCAGCACAGCCACCGAUAACUUGUUUCCACUUUCGAUCAUACACAUCAACGAUAUCCAUGCGCAUUGGGAGGAAAUUGAUACGGCCAGUGUGACCUGUGAUCCGAAAAGUGAAGAGGCUGCCAAUCAGUGUCUUGGAGGGUACGCCCGAACGGUUACGAUCGUGAAACAAUUGCUCCAGUCUCGUACGAAUCCGGUCUACCUGAACAUAGGCGAUAACUUCCAGGGUACGCUUUGGUACAAUAUACACCGUUGGAAUGCGACAGCGUUCUUCCUCAAUCUACUCCCAGCGGAUGCUGUGACUGUUGGUAACCAUGAGUUUGAUGAUGGAAUUGCUGGUGUGGUCCCAUUCUUGGAAGCUCUCAAAUCGCCUGUUCUGCUAGUAAACGUAGACAACUCGAAAGAACCUUCCUUCAGCAAGUUCCGCCCAUCGAUGGUGCUGGAGCGUGCGGGACGAAAAAUUGGUCUCAUCGGAGUAAUUCUGCGCACCACGUACAACAUGGCGGACACGGGAGCACUACUGUUCGAGGACGAAGCAGAAACGGUACGCAAGGAAGCGGAUCGUCUUGCAGCCGAAGGUGUAGACAUUGUGAUCGUUCUCUCGCACUGUGGUCUCGAUGUGGAUCAUAUCAUCGCGGCGAAUGCGGGCUCAAACGUGGACAUUAUUGUUGGUGGACAUUCGCACAGUUUUCUGUACACGGGACAGAACGAUAAGAUUCCUAUGGCACCCGCCUCCGAGUAUCCGACCGUGGUCACGCAAGCCGACGGACAUCGGGUGUUGAUCGUACAGGCGUCGGCCUACACGAGAUUGGUCGGUGACAUUGUGCUGUACUUCGAUGAGCAGGGAAUCGUCCAGAAAUGGGAAGGUAAUCCAAUUUAUCUGUCGAACGAAAUCGUUCCGGAUGCGGAAAUAAUGGAAGCGAUCGUACCGUGGAAGGCGGCCAUUGAUGUGGUGGGCCAGCGUACGAUCGGCUCGACGGCGGUAGAUCUGUUGAAGCCACCGUGCAACUUUGGUGAGUGUGUUUUGGGAAAUUUGAUUGCCGAUUCGAUGGUGGAAGCGUUUGUACCGCUGGCGGAAGAGGGCCAUUGGACGUACGCAUCGAUCGCAGCGAUCGCCAUUGGUCGUAUUCGUCAGAGUCUAGUUCCUGGAGAUAUCUCCUUCAAACAUCUAAUCGAAGUGCUACCGUUCGAGAAUCAACUCAUCUGUUAUGAUCUGCGAGGCGAUCAGUUGGUCGGGCUGCUGGAACAUGGAGCCGAGCUGUCUUGGGAUGAGCAUCGGUUCAACGCAAAGAAUCUGAUGCACGUUUCCGGUUUGCGCGUCCGAUACAAUGUCACUAACCCGAUUGGAUAUCGAGUUCUUUCAGUCGAAGCGCUUUGUCAGGAUUGUUCCGAACCAAGUUACGCGCCGGUAGAAAUGUUUAAGAUGUAUCGUGUGAUCACCGUAUCGUACCUAGCCGAUGGUGGCGAUGGAUUCGAGAUAUUCCCAAGAUACGGAACGAAUAAGGUCGUUGCUCCGGUCGAUGAUGUACAGGCCUUCGAGGAAUACGUGAAGGCCCGAUCACCCGUUGCUCCCGUGCUUGAGGAACGUAUUCAAAUAUUCACCUAAAAUUGCCA